GAAUGGCGGCUCAGAUGACUUUUAGUUUCGUUUUGAGCUUCGGCGGCGGCGGUUGUCUUUGCGGUUGUUAAGUUUUUGGAAAUAUUUUCAAAAAGCUAAUCGAUUUAAGCCAUGUUGAGUGCCAAUCUGGGACUGCUCCUGCUGUGGGCGAUUGCUGCCCUGGGAAAUGAUAAUCUGCGGGUGGCCUACGAGUGGCGGGAAAUGGACUUCAAGUACGACACCGAGGAUCUGCGAUGGUCGGCCAUCGAAAGAGGAGAAUUCAAGCCGGCGAAUGUGAUACCUUUUGGCCUAGAAGUCUCUGGACAUCGACUAUUUAUCACCACGCCCAGAUGGCGCACCGGAGUGCCUGCAACGCUGUCCUACCUUGAUCUUAAUGAUACCACCACCGAUAAACCCGCCCUGAAGCCCUUCCCCAGCUGGCAAGCUCAUAGUUUGCAGGAAACGGAACCGGAAUUGGUUUCCCCUUUCCGAGUUCGUGCAGAUCGUUGCGGACGUCUCUGGGUUCUGGACUCCAGGAUCUCGGGAGUAUUGGAGCAGACCAAGGUCUAUGGAGCACCGCAACUGCUGGUCUACGAUCUCCACAACGACGAUCUCCUGAGGCGUCACAUCCUACCAGCUGGCCAAUACAAGAUGGGAUCGCUUUUUGCCAACCUGGCGGUCGAGGAUGCGGACUGUGAGAACACCUAUGCCUAUGCAGCGGAUCUGGGAAGUCCUGGCCUGGUGGUUUACUCGUGGAAGGACCAGGAGUCGUGGCGAGUGCAGCAUCACUUCUUCCAUCCCGAUCCUAUGGCCGGAAAUUUCAGCAUUAAUGACAUUGAGUUUCAGUGGGAUGAUGGUCUUUACGGACUGGCCUUGUCCAAGCCCCUGGAAACUGGUUACUCCACUCUGUACUUCCAUCCUCUGUGCUCCACCAUGGAGUUUUCGGUAGAUACGGGAAUCCUGCGUAACAAGACCUUGGCCACCUCUCCGGAAAUCUAUCGGGAAUUCAAAGUUCUGGGCUCAAGGGGUCCCAACACCCAAGCCGGAGCCGAGUUCUUGGACCAGGAGACAGGUGUACUUUUUUACGCCCUGCCGAAUCUCAAUGAGGUGGCCUGCUGGCGUACUGCCACAGAUUUCGGCCACAACUCCCAGAGUCGCAUCUACAUGAGCAAUGAUACGCUGAUAUUCCCCAGUGACAUCAAGGUGGACGAUCAGAAACGUCUCUGGGUCCUUUCCAAUAAACUGCCAGUAUUUAUUUACGAUGAAUUGUAUUACGGAUCGAUUAAUUUCCGUAUUUUUAUGGCAAAUGUUAACGAGGCUGUUAAAAACACAGCCUGUGAAAUUCGCACUUCCCCGCUACCGGAUGUGAUCAACAAGUUCUCAGAUAUUCUCAAUACUAAUAUCAAUCUAAAGACAACUUCUGGAGCACCUCUAAUGCUUGCCAGCUCCUUGAUCACAAUUUCAUUAAGUGUUCUGAUGAGUAUUAGGCUUUAAGAUCCCAAAUCAAAAAACACUUGAAAUAAAUAUAUUCGUUUUAUGAGGAUUUAAAUGAUUUUCCGAAAAUACGAAAUAUUUAUUUGAGUGCAUCUUGUGUAUUAUAAUUAAUUUUUUUAGAUCUAAGCAAAAAACUGUAAUUUUGUAAUGUUGAUUAAAUGUAAGAAUGUGAA